AUGGAUGAAGAGCAGAUCAGUGACGUUACAGGUCUGUCCUGUUCGGUUAACCUGUGCCAGAAUGGUGCUACUUGUGUGGGAGGGACAAGAGGAUAUACCUGCACAUGCGCAGAGGGAUGGACGGGACGGCACUGUGACAAACAACUGUUUUGCACGGACGGACCCUGUCUUAACGGCGGUGUGUGUUUCGAAGGAAGCGGCAGUUUCUACUGCUUCUGUGGUAAGGGCUGGAAAGGAGACCACUGUGAAGUCGAUAUCGACGAGUGUGACGCUGGUAUCUGCUCGGAGGGAUACGGAUGCGUGAACAGUCCCGGAAGCUACACCUGCACCUGCGCGGAAGGAUAUUCUGGCCAAUAUUGUGACGAUAUCAAUGAGUGUGAAGAAGAGCCCCACCCUUGCGGAGAGAACACGGAAUGUGAAAACACUGACGGCAGCUACACGUGCAAUUGUGUUGAAGGGUUUAAAGCGGACUUGGGAGGGUACAACUGUACUGAUAUAGACGAAUGUGACCCUGACUUUGCGAGUUCCAGUCUCUGCUCGCCGCAUGCCAGCUGUACAAACACCCCGGGAAGCUACGUGUGUACGUGUAGAGAGGGAUACUAUGGGAACGGCACGCUCUGUCAAGCGUGGCCAAAUACUACCAUUGACAUCGGAACGACUGUACCAGCUCCCACUCUCAGUCCCCCAGACGGGGGAUGGUCCGUUGGAAGCAGCAUUGUUGCUCUGUCUUGGUCACCGGGUGACGCUCCUUCCCUAGACCUCGGCUGUCAACGCCCAGGCGUUUCCGGACCCUGCAUUUCCUCAGACUACCAGGUCAUAACGGACAAAGCUAAACAUUCCGGGAACCAAUCCUGGAACUACAUGAGAGGACGCGGAAAUGGACAGCCAGGAGCCGGUACACCCUUCUCUCCGGAACUCAACGUGAAAGUCGGGCGUUCCGACGGCAACUACACCGGACAGGCAGAUUCCUUCUACGCGUCCUUCUGGUUCAAAACGGCGAAAGAAUACACCGAUAGCGACAAGUGGGGAGACGGAUCACGCAUCCUGGUAGCUGCUGGGGAUCCAGAAGGGACGUACCCGUCAUCCAACUACCUGGAAGUACGGUUAGAACAGAAGUAUCGCGCCAAAGUGUCCGUGCGAACGAGGGAGAGCUGGCCAAGUUAUGAGGAAUGCGCUCAAUCAAAGAACUGUGGCGAGGACUUUGGCUACCAGGCACAAGAUAACUACCAGGUUGUCGCUGAAGACCUGGAGCCGACGGAGUGGCACAAGGUUGAGAUGACGCUCCGCACCAAGCCGGAAGAUUACGCCGACGAGUGGCGGUACGUCGUGGACGACACGUACAGAGCCGAGGGUGGAGCAUACUACAAAACCAAGGAAUACGACGAGGGGAGGUAUCUGUACGUGAAUCGGCUGAAUUUCGCGGCCUUGCAUCCACCUAAUGCCGACAAGAAAGGGUUCUACUUCGACGAUGUGUACUACAAGGCAUUCGACUCUUCGAAUCCGAAUGUUAUAAUAGAUGAAUACCGCACGUCAUUUGAAGCUACGGGCAACUAGUUAGAUAGGAAAAAGUAUGUAAGGACGGGAAUCAAAUCUAGGUGCAACGUUAUGCUGAAGUCACAUUUCCAAAUCGGUAGUUUACGGGCUUUAUUUUAAACCUUUCCGUAAACUUACCAAUGGGACACCGGUUUCACAAUAAGACCAUACAUGUAGCAUGACUGGUGUCUUCCUGACAUUAGAACCUUUCCGGGACUUAGAUCGGCUGUAUCCCUACUAAUUUCAGUACAUGUAGUAUUUAUUUUGUUAUCAUUAUUAUUGUUUCAUUAGUUUCAUUGCCAUUAUGAUUUAUUCAUGAA